CCUGAACACUCGCCUCCCUCACGUUAGCAUACCACACUAUCCUCAGACUGGAUUGAAACUAAAACUAGAGAAGAUCAAAGACGAUCGUCAUGGCUCCUGACCUUUCUAUCAUCACGGGCGAAAUCCAACAGAAAAGUUCCGAAUUGCGACCUGGCAAUGAAAAGCAGCGACUGAGUCUUCUUCAAUCUGCUCGUGCCCUAGUCCACGAGCUUGAACAGCCCCAUGAGCGUAUCAUGCGUAUGUGCUAUCAUGAACCCGCAAUCUUCAUGGCAACCAAGGUGCUCAUCAAUCUGGGCAUCUUCAAAAUCCUCGCUGCGGCUACAGAGCAAUUAACCGCAGCCAAGCUAGCUCAAGACACCGGCUCAGACAAAAUUCUUGUGGAGCGUCUCCUCAAGCACAUUGCUACCGAGUUCUUCGUGCACGAAAGUGGACCAGACACAUACACCGCGAACGAUCUCACGCGGUGUAUUGCGUCUUCUGGAGGCCAGGGGACAAUCGAGGAUAUGUUCCAGAUUGUCCGUGUUGUCGACUCAAUUCCAGAUUUCCUGAGGGGAACGAACUAUGCAAAUCCGGUGAAUAAGGACGCAACUGCGUGGAAAUUUGCCUACAAGACAGACCAGCAUUACUUCGAGUAUGUUAAUAGUCCCGGACGUGAGCAGAACCUAGAGGCGUUCCGCAAGCACAUGUCCUUCAAAACAGUUGGGCUAAAAUGGUAUGAGGUACCAGAGAUCAUGAAAGCAGUGUUUGGGGACGCGGACGGGGUUGGAAAGAAUGAUGUUCUGCUUAUUGAUGUGGGGGGAAGUGGUGGGCACGACUUGAUCGGCUUCCACGAAGCCCAUCCUUCCAUGCCAGGCCGCUUAAUCCUCCAAGAUCUCCCCACAACCAUCCAAUCACUGGACUCCGCGGCCCUGGCUCAGCAAAGUAUCGAGCCUAUGGGCCACGACUUCUUCACACCUCAACCCAUCCACGGUGCGAAAGCGUACUACCUCAAGAUGGUGCUCCAUGACUGGCCGACCCAACAAUGCAUUCAGAUCCUCUCACAACUGAAGCCUGCCCUGAAGCACGGGUACAGCAGGAUCUUGUUGAACGAGAUCGUUGUCCCCGAGACGAACGCAGGCUGGUUUGAAACCAGUGUGGAUCUGUUGAUGAUGGAAGUUCAUUCCGCACAGGAACGAAGAGAGGCGGAAUGGAAGAGCUUAGUGGAUGCUGUGGGUGGGUUGAGAGUUAAACAGAUAUGGAACGUCGAAGGAGCUGUUGAAAAAUUGAUCGAGAUUGAGGCACUUUGAACCUUCACAGUAUUCUAGGGUGUUUGACCAGUUUGACGCUGGUGCUUGUCCAAC